CAAAUUAAUCUUUUCAAACAGGGUUUAGGUAAAAGUAAAACUUUGUUUGCAAAUCUGGAAAACAAAUUAACUUAAAACAUAGUUUAGCUACAAAUAUAACGUGGUGAUUAAAAGAAAAAUUAACAGUGAUUCUUUCACAUUUAUCUAAAAACCUCCAACAACACGUUUCCGUCAAAAAGCAUCUAUUGGACCAUCUGGUUGUCGGUCUCACCAAACCAGCACACUUCUGCACUCCCUGGGUCCUCCACUCAUUGCACUAACAUGCAUUUUGCAACAGAACACCACUGGUGUGUGAGGUUCUCCACUCAAUAACAUCAGAGGAGAAACAGCCGGCUGCUACCACUUCAACUUUAGGACAAACUACUAGAGUCCCAUAAAGGUGUAGUGUUAAUAAAGGGUAUUGGUUAAGUGAAUUGCUCAAGAGCUAUUUAUUAUUAUUAACACCACUAGUGACCAAAAGCUAUGAUACUCUAUAAAUAUAGAAUAUUCGUUGCUUGGUCUUGGCCAUGAUUAGUUAGAAGAUUCUAGGAUUCUUUUAUUCAUUAAGGGAUCGUUCACACUUCGCUUUGAUUCAAGAAACACCCAGGUUUAUGAACAAAAUAAGAAUUUACUUUACAAACAAGUAAGACUUGACAAAUUGUUUAAACUAUUAUUGACUGUGAGUGGAUGCGAACUAAAGGGUGGUGUCUGGAACCUAUGUGUGAGUAUAAUGUAUUCAGAAUCUCCGUAUCUUCAGAAAGCUGAGUUCUGGAUGGAAAGAAUUUGGUUUGCAAAUAAGCUAUAAAGUUAUUAUUAUCAAACCACAUACAGACGCUAUCUCACUGUGUUCUACGUACCCAAGUGGAGAUGCCUUUCAGAUCCAAGAUGUCAGGAGGGGGUCGGAGACCCCGGUGCCGGAGUCCGUAGGCUAACUCCUAAGUACGACCAGGUCCGUCCAGGGUCAUUUCCAGUCAGAGGAGGAUCUUCAUCAUCAACCAUGUUCUCUGUAGCGCUGAUGCUGCUGCUGACAGCUGGAUCCUGUGUGUUCAGUAUUGAUCUGAUCCAGCCAGCCUCUAAAGCUGUGCAGCCUGGACAGUCUGUGACCAUCACCUGUCGGCUCUCUGGUUACUCUGUGACUGAUGGCUAUGGAACAGGUUGGAUCAGACAGAGAGAAGGAAAAGAACCAGAUUAUAUUUUCCAUAUGUGGGGAAGCAAUGGAGAUUUCUACCAAAACGAUGCUCUGAAGAACAAGUUCAGCUACAGCAGAGACACGUCUGCAGGAACAGUGACAAUAACAGGACAGAACCUGCAGCCUGAAGACACAGCUGUUUAUUACUGUGUGAGAUACCCACAGUGGUACACAACACUAACAGACCUGAACAAAAACCCAACAGUGGCUCUGCUGUGUGUUAUCUUACUUACUAAUACUAGAUUCAUGGUUCUGUUUUCUAAAUGAACUCACUGUAAGGAAUUUAAUUUAUUUGAGGUAACAAAGAAACUAGAGGCGUUUUCAAAAUCAUGAUGGAAAAUAGAAAAUAUAUUCAUUUAAAUAAUUAAAAAUAUCUAAUAUUAAAACACUUAUAUGUUCAAAUACCGACUUUAAUAAAGCAAUAGAUACGUAGCAACAGUUCCAGUGGAGAACAAUCAGCAGACUAUAAUUUUAACUUCAAAUUUUCUAGACUUUCAGAUUUUUUAAAAUUGUGUUUCUUUACGGAAAGACAAGCAUAUAAAUAACAAGGACCUAAUAAGUAAAGCAACAAAAGCUCCACUUCAUCCCUUUGAUGCAUGAAUUAUGAAAUCUUCAACCAUGAUUUUUUUAACAUUUUUUUCAUUCAUCUUUAGGUGUGAAUGAAACAAAUUUCAACAAAUAUUUUUUAUAACAUUUAAUAGUUUACAAAUAAUUUAUUACAUGUCCACCUCAGUGGACAGCGUGCAUUCUGAACAUGAAAUAUGUGGCUUGACUUACUGAAGUCCAAAUGGAGGGGCUCACGUGCAAUAAAGUCUUCAGCGGCUGUGCUUAAUAGCAAAAUUAAAUAAAUAACAAUUUUGAGUACCUGUCCACUGUAGUGACCAUUAUGCAUCAAAGGGUUAUAUUAACGAACAAUAAACAAUAAAAUCGCCCUCUGCUCUUUCAGAAGACCCCUCCCUCUGUUCUUGUGAACUAAACCGUUUCAGGCCGACACAAAUGAAAAAUCUUCCUUUAACAUAAAUAAAUAAAGAUUGUCUUCUUAAUUCCUGUGUGUGUAGAGAUGUGGACGUUGUUGUUUAGAAGAUGAUCUAAAAGUGUAUAAUGAACCUAAAAGAUGAAAUGGAACUGAACAAGUAUUAUGGUCUGUUUUCUGGCUGUUGACAAACAAAGAAAAACUGUUUAGUCCUGUUAUAAAAACAUCAUGUUGGAGUGUAAAUGCAGCAGUAAAACAAUUUAAACAUUAAUACAAUCAGUAAACACAGUAAGAAGGCAGGAGAGCAGAUGGGUUUCAUUUAAAAACACAAGAUACACAGAUUACAUUUUCAAGUAAAGACCUGGAAAAAUCUGUGUUGGGUAUUUUUAUAAAUGUACCUUUUUGAGACCUAAAAGAUGCCCAUUACACAUCAUGAAUCUCUGUGUUGGCUGUUCAUAAAAAGGUUGAGCAAGGAUGUUAAUUGAGAAAACUCUGUACCUCUGUAACUUGAGAAGGUCCGCCUUCUCCCCCAUCCAUUUGGUGAAUAAAGCCCCUGAAGAACUGGGAGCACACGGGAGUGACGUGGGGAAGCCUCGGAGGAGGUUUCUCUGCGUUAACUCUCCAUGUUUUGGAGACUCAGGGUAAAAUGUCUUCCUUGUUGUCAUGUGUGUUAUUACAGG